AUGAGCCACUUACAGAACAUCAACAUCCUUUGGUACGUCUCUCCCAACAGGUUUGUGGGCAGAAUCACUAUCUACAACGAUGAGCCAGAGCCUCUAGCCAGGCCGCUGGGUCCCGAGAACCUUUUGCUGAAAGGAGCGAAAUUGAAAAAUACCUCAAAGAUCUAUGGAGUUGCUGUAUAUACAGGAAUGGAAACCAAAAUGGCUUUGAACUACCAAGGGAAGUCUCAGAAACGCUCUGCCGUUGAGAAGUCAAUCAAUAUGUUCCUGAUUGUCUACUUAUGCAUUCUCUUGAGCAAGGCUAUAGUGUGCACUACUUUGAAAUACCUCUGGCAGAAUGUCCCAUAUAAUGAUGAACCCUGGUACAACACCAAAACCCAAAAGGACAGAGAAACGUUCAAGCUGCUAAAAAUGUUCACCGAUUUCCUGUCCUUCAUGGUCCUGUUCAACUUCAUUAUCCCAGUCUCCAUGUAUGUGACUGUCGAGAUGCAGAAAUUUCUGGGCUCCUUCUUCAUUUCAUGGGACAGAGAGAUGUAUGAUGAAGAUCUCCAGGAAGGGGCAUUGGUAAACACCUCUGACCUCAAUGAAGAACUUGGGCAGGUCAGUAAUGUCUCCUCAUGCCUUCCACUACCCAACAGAUAAAUGUUGGGGUGUCUU